GGGACCAGGACUGCAGGCUGAGUGUGCAGGGGAAUUAACAUGCAGGGACUCUAGCAACACAGUCAUCCAAGUUGUGUCCACAAAGUGACGUUUACAUUCUUGUGAGAAACUGAGGAAGGCUUAGCCAUGUCCUACCGUGAUUUAAGAGAAUGCAUAGAUUCGGAGCGUGGAACGGAGGAUGUAGGUUUGGCUGCUGGCAGAAGCCAAAGGGAAAAGAAGCGAUCAUAUAAAGAUCUGCUGCGUGAGGAGGAGGAAAUCGCUGAACAAGUCCGGAAGUCCUCCAAAAAGAGAUCCAAGGAAUUAGAUUUAUUUUCGGGAAACGAAUUGCACAAAAAGAAGAAAAAGCAUUCUUCAGACGACUAUCAUGCAGAUCACUCUACAGAUUCUGCAAAGAAGAAAAAGAAAACUUCACUUCCUAGUCCUUCUUCUUCAGACACGGCUAUGGAUCUUCUGAAAGCCAUUACCUCUCCCCAAGCAGAUACCUCCACCACACACCCCUCCAAGAAGCCAGAAAAAAUCCUGGCGACUCCCAUCAGCUUUUCAUCCCCCAGUCAGCCACCUCAUAAAGACUAUCACAAAAAAAGUGGAGAAGUAUCUGGGGAUGAUUCUUCCCAUCGAUCAAAGAAAUCAAAACCUCUUACUCUGCGGGAGCCAGAUGGCUUAAGAAUGAAACUAAUUAUGUCUCCCAAUGAAAAGAGUGAAGAAGAGGCAGUCUCACCACAAGGGGGUCCAGGACAUAGUGAUAGUGCAUCUUCUAAGAAAAACAGUAAGAAAUUGGGAAGAGAAGAAAUUGAGAGCAGGUCCAGCCACAAGAAACACAAAAAGCAAUCCUAUACACCACGGUCUGGUGGUACGCCUGAUUCAGCAUCAUCCACUGGUGGAGAGCUGGACGCUGGGGAACUGGUCAUUGAUGACUCUCUUCGCGAUAUGAAGAAAAAGAAGAAAUCAAAGAAAAGCAAAAAGAAAAAAGAUAAACACAAAGAUGAGAAACACAAGAAACAUAGCAAAAGUAAACGAGAGCAUGAGGUGGAGCAAAGUCAAACACAAAUUGCCUCUCCUGGGCUGCCUUCACCUCCUCCUCCCCCUGCUACAACACCACCAACUUCACCACCAUCCAUACCUCUUCAACCACAAGCACUCGUUACUCACACAGAAGAGCAAUCCGAUAAGAAGAAGAAAAAAGAGGACCCAGAGAAGCCCAAGAAGAAGAAUAUGUCUGCUUACCAGGUCUUUUCCAAAGAAUAUCGAGUCAGCAUCAUUGCAGAGCACCCAGGAAUUGACUUUGGGGAGCUAAGUAAGAAACUUGCUGAGGUUUGGAAGCAGCUUCCUGAAAAAGAUAAACUUGUUUGGAAACAAAAGGCUCAAUAUCUCCAGCACAAGCAGAACAAAGCAGAGGCCACUACUGUGAAACGUAAAUCCAGCUCCUCUGAGUCUGCUCCAAAGAGCAAAGGCUCAUCUUCUGGUCUUGUCUCCCCAAACAAAAAGUCACCAACCAGUGUUGCCUCCUUCUCCACCUCUCCAGCCAAGGUCCCUGACACAGAGCCAAUUGAUGUAGCUGCACACUUGCAGCUGCUAGGUGAAUCUCUGAGCCUGAUUGGACACCGUCUUCAGGAGACAGAGGGAAUGGUUGCUGUGUCUGGCAGUCUGUCUGUGCUACUGGAUUCCAUCCUAUGUGCCCUGGGCCCAUUAGUAUGUCUCACAAGUCAUGUGCCUCAGCUGAAUGCCUGCCCCAAGCAAAUCCUGUCGAAUACAUUGGACAACAUCGCCUACGUGAUGCCGGGCUUAUGACCGUGACCGGGACUUGCCAGUAAAGAAAAGAAUAAAUAAAGGGCAUCAGAUGCCAGAUUUUAUAGUUGUACAGUAUUGUAUACUUUUUGCGUCUUUUAGUUCAUUUUAGAAGGCAG